UGGUUAUUUGUUGUUUUUUUCAUUUCCUAUCUCAGACCGUUUUCUGCUUACCUUUUACAUUCUCGCUUUGCCUCCCUCCGACUAUGUUGGAUUCUGCAGACUGCGGAGCAUCUUAAAGCAACAUUUGCAUCUUCUACUUUUUACACUUUUUGCAGUCAUAUCGACGAAGUUGGACCUUUUAGUGAAAGAAAGUGUACACUUCUUUUGUAAUUACUUGUGUUUUUUGUGUGUCAUGAUGUUGGUAAACUGAAAGAAGAAAUGAACGAAUGAAUGAACGCAAGAUCAUCGGUUUUGUAGGGUGAUACAAUCCUUAACUCAGGUUCCAGAGACCAGUCAGGUACCAGAAGAGUAUAAGAUGCUCUUCAAACAUCAUUCAUCGCUGAAGGAAAUAGAGAAAAGGGGAUGAGACAAGCACAGUUGUUCAUGUUGCGAAUAUAGUCAUUGAUGUUGAUGUUAGAGGGUAUUUUUACGCAUCGCAAAUUAGAGAUACAACCCAGAAAAUGUGGUUAGGAUGGUUUUAUACGUUUCCGUAGGAUUCUUUGUCUGUUAACAGGAUUGAAGAGGAAUAAACAAAUCUGCCUUCUCUCAAAAUCUUUUCAUCGGAAGAUUACAAAGGUGGAGCGACCAGGGAACGCUGAUGACGGAACUAUUAAUCCUUUCAGUGCACCAGAAGCACCAAAGGGUAUUGGAAACGUUUGGAUGGAAUUUGGGCGAAUGUUUAGACCUGUACAUGCGUUUACGUGAAACUGGUGACUAGAAGUUAAAUUUUUUCAGUCUGGAAUUACCUUUUUCCAUCUCAUUCAACAAAUUAUAAAUGAGGGGAAUACAUUUGCCUUGUCGUUUUUAAUGAUGGGAAUGUUAUUGCGGAUAGCUGUCAAUUUCUAAUUUUUCUUGAACCUCAAUCGUUUCCUCUUGAAGUAUUACCUGAUCUAAAUGGAAUUAGUUGAGUCUGAAGCCCCUUGUGAAAGGAACAGACAUGGUACAUGGGCACAGCUUCCUUCACGUUGUUGCAAGUCUUCUCAUUCUUGGGCUAUCUGGGGCAACAAAAAGGGAUUCAACAGUGAAAAACAACUCUGGAGUCAAGCCCGCGGGACAAUGUGGAACGUGGGUAAAAGAGCCAGAAGGAGGGCUGUUCACAUCCCCCAAUUAUCCAAACAAAUACCCCCCCGAAACAGAGUGUGUUUACAUCAUUGAAGCGCCUCCAAGGCAAUGCAUUGAUCUGCAUUUCGACGACAGCUACUCAAUAGAAUCCUCAUGGGAAUGUAAAUUUGACAACAUUGAGGUCAGAGAUGGACCGUUCGGCUUCUCCCCGAUCAUGGGGCGUUAUUGUGGUCAGCACAGCCCCCCCUUCAUCAGGAGCAGUAGCCGAUAUCUCUGGAUAAAAUUUGUCUCGGAUGGAGAACUGGAGGCGAUGGGGUUUUCAGCCAACUACAACUUCACAGCAGAUCCGGACUUUGCAGACCUGGGAGUACCUGCACCUCUACCCUUCUGUGAGUUCAACAUGGGCGGACCGGAGGGAAUCGUGGAGUCUCACCAGAUCGUGAGAGACGGCAAAGCCCUGGCUUCGGAAGCCGUGGACUGCAAAUGGUACAUCCGCGCUCCGCCGCGCUCCAAGAUCUACCUGCGUUUCCUGGACUACGAGAUGGCCAACUCCAACGAGUGCAAGCGGAACUUCGUGGCGGUGUACGACGGCAGCAGCUCCGUGGAGGACCUGAAGAACAAGUUCUGCUCCACGGUGGCCAACGACGUGAUGCUGGUGUCCACGCUGGGCGUGGUCCGGAUGUGGGCCGACGAGGGCAGCCGCAGGAGUCGCUUCCGCAUCCUGUUCACCACCUACCAAGAACCUCCGUGCGAAGCGGACACGUUUUUCUGCCACAGCAACAUGUGCAUCAACAACACACUGGUGUGUAACGGGAUGCAGAACUGUGUCUAUCCCUGGGACGAGAACCACUGCAAAGAGAAGAGGAAAGCCAACAUACUGGACAACCUGAACAACACCAACGGCACCAUCAUCGGCGUCACGUGCUGCGUCGUCCUCCUCCUCCUCAUCGUCUCUGUCAUCGUCCAGAUCAAACAGCCCAGGAAGAAGUACAUCCUGCGACGCGAGGACUUCGACCCCACCAUGUUCCAGGAGGUCUUCGAGCCCCCCCACUAUGAGCUGUGCACCUUACGGAGCGCCACGGCCGCCGCGGCCUCGGCCGACCUCGUCGACCUGGCGGAGGACUUUGAGAACUACCACGCCCUGCGGCGUUCCUCAUCCCGCUGCGUGCAUGACCACCAUUGCGGCUCAGCCUCAAACCCGGGCUCCGCCCACCUAUCCCAGCUGUCGCUGAGCGGGCGGGGCAGCCGGGGCAACCUCAGCGCACGAGAGGCCGCCGCCCUCCUCACGGACCUCCCCCCACAGCAGCCAAUGGCGGUGCGGCCGCUGCUACCGGCAAGUGGCAACCGUCGCAGUAUCCUAGUGAUGAAGCACAGCUACUCGCAGGAGGCGGCGGACAACGGCUGUGACCUGGACGAUGACCUGGAUGAAGUUCCAACCACCAGCCACCGGCUAUCACGCCACGAGAAGGCAGUACAGCGGUUCUGCCUCAUUGGCUCAUUGAGCAAACAUGAAUCAGAGUACAACACAACUAGGGUCUAAAAGGCAAUCUCAAGACUUCUUGAGAAUAGUGCAAUCCUGGAUCAGUACGAAACGGGCUUCAAUGAAAUAUGAAAAUACGGAGCUGAAAUGUACACCAGCAUGAUGCUGAGGGGGGGAACGAACAAUGUGACAAAAGGAUAACGGAUAAUGUUUUCACACACAAAGAACAACGUGUACAUGGAUACACUAUAGCAGCAUUGCAACACACUGACUGUCUUUGGUUAAUGACUGUCUACGAUGAUUCAGAAGUAUUGAACCUUGAAUUCUAGCUGGCUACUUUCCACAGAUGUUGUCAAGAAGGACAUUUAGAGUGAACAUUAUCAUUGGAAUUUAAAUUUUGUCACAAAGCACCUUUACUACUUACAUACAUCAGCCUUCACCAAGGAUUACAUUUAUCAAAUGUCUUAAGUUACAUUAUCCCAGCAUGCUGUUGGUGCUUGCAUUAUGUGAUAGUAGAACAAUAACAAUUAGCUUAAUCUUUAGUUACUAACACCGGCUAAAAAUAUAUUUUUUCGAAUAAACCAAAGCAGAUUAUUUUCUAUGACAAUUGAUGAUACUAUGGUAUGACUUGUGCAUGCUUUUCAAUAGCCACUGAAACAUUACAGUAACUAAAAUCUGAAUUGAAUAUGAAUUAUCCACUAAUGCAUUAAUUAUAUUCCCUUGAACUGAUACAAAGAAAUCCCAUAAUAUUGUCCUUGCAGUAUUAAUUGAUUAAUUUGUUAAAUGCAUGUUAGCUUGACUAAAUUAAAAGGCAGAUUCUAUGCUACAUUUUGGCAUUUACAUUUUCAAGAUUGUUCCCUUUCACAAAGUUAAUUAAUUACUUUUUUGUUUGUCACAACCUCUCUUAUAGUAGCCUAAAAUCUUUGUACAAAACUGAUUUUCUAACCAUAAUGUUGAGAGGAGGGGCAUUUUUAAAGACAUUGUGGAAUAUCUUUCAAGGCAGAUUUUAUUGAUGCUUUGUAAGAGAAAAGUAACAAUAAAGCAAAACCUUUUUUUCCUUUGAAAGUUUUACCUCAAUGUUCCCUCUCUUCAUCUAUGCUCAAUCAAAUGAUUAAUGAUACCAGUGAGGAGAACCAUGUAAGUCCUGCACACAAAGGUAAACACAUGGCCGUGGGUACACACCUUGAAAGCACAGUUUGGAGGACCACUGUCUGUUUAGAUCAGACACAGUAUAGCAAGAGUAUAAAACAAUUAUUUUAUUUUACAUAUACUGUAUAAACAGUAAAUAUAUUUGUAUUAUUAUAUUAUUAUAUCAU